GCGUGAGGCGGAGCUUAGAUUUAAGACCAUUCUGUAACUAGAAAUGGAAACAUCAGAUCAUCAAGAACAAACAGUUCUAGAAAUACCAUCAUUCUGUGAACACUACGAGCCACUUCUGGUCGAAGAAGUUACCCUAGCAAGUCAUCCUACAUCAGUACACUACGGAAAAUGUGCCAUAAUCGGAUAUCUUCGAGAACGUAGCAACUGCUUGGAAUCUUUAAUGGUACCCGGUUUGUCACAGGAACUUCAAAUACCCGAUAGCAGCUGGAGUCUGCAGUUGUGCUUCGACAACUACUUCGGCCAAGUCCCUCGAAACUGUUGCGUACGAAUCUAUGGGUCUGUACAGCUACGUGGUCCAAGUGACUCUUCAUUCAACAGUUCCAAAGAUUUGAUAUGCUACCUGUUGGAUUUGCAGGAUGAUGCAAAGCGCCAGAAUAUGAAUGUUGCAGAUACAGCCAAUCGAAUACAAGAAGCAAAACAAUCAAUGGCGAACAACUACAUACCUAUUCUGGAUGUUCAGGGAUGUGAACGAGUGGAGCAAGCCAGGGAACUAAUCGGUUGUAAUUUAAGACUGAAACGAAUCAAUAAGCGACUGGCACCAUGGAUUCAACUUAUUGAACGAGAGAUUUAUAAUUUUUGAAUGAAAAUAGGGAUUUCUUUGGAAAAUAAA